AUGGCAACAAGCGAUGUGGAGGUUGGAGGAGGAGAUAGCAUUUUGCGUUCUGUCAAAUUUCUACUUGAUUGUAAAGAAAAAGGACGAAAUCAUGGCAAUCGACGUCCACCAUCAAUUUUCAUUGUUCCAAGAGUUUACCGAGAUCUCAGCCCAACAUGUUUUAACCCAAGGCUAGUCUCUAUUGGACCUCUCCACAGAAAAGACAAAGAUUUGCAAAAAUUUGAAGUUCAAAAAAUGACUUAUUUACAUCAUUUACUAGAUCAUUCGGGUUCCAACCCAGAGCAAACGUUACAAGAAUGUGUGCAAAAGGUGAUUCUAAAAAUUGAACAAAUCAAGUCAUGCUAUGAAGAGACGACCUACAACGAUGAGGAACUUGCUACAAUGAUGGUAAUAGAUGCUUGUUUUAUCCUUUACUUCAUUCAUCUUAUUUCAGUAGAAGCCGGCGGAUUUCAAGGAAACUGGUCGAUUAUACCAUUAAUAGUUCAUGAUAUGGUGUUGAUAGAAAACCAAAUCCCAUUUUUUGUUCUUAAAGACAUCAUUGAGUCUACUUUUCCUCAUUUUAAACCAAAUACCUCUCUCACUCACCAUCUCAAAAUACUUCUCGAAAGGUACUCUUUCUUUAUGGAAUAUGAAGUAACAAACAAUAUCAACCUAGAUAAGACUCCCGAUCAUAUCCUUGGCAUUCUGCACUAUUGCUUACAGCCUGUCCAUCACCCAUUACCAUAUUCUGAAGUUCCAAUGGAACAAAAAAGACACUCGGCCAUGGAACUGGAUAGGGCAGGGGUUAACUUUAUGCCUAAUGAAGAUGCAAAUUGGGCAAUGGCCAUGAAACUAGAAUUACCAAGGUUCUCAUGCUUCCCAUGGUUUUGGUGUAAACCUACACUAAGGAUGCCAAAACUAUAUGUGGAUGAUUACACUGAGUUGCUUUUAAGGAACCUCAUACUAUACGAGCAGUGUACUCUAGUUCCUGAGUACGUUACAUCAUAUUGUUGGGCUAUAGAUAUGUUAGUAGACACUCCAGAGGAUGUUGCCAAGUUGAUAAAAUCAGGGGUCCUGGUCAACGAUUGUGGGUCAAACGAGAGCGCUGUGUAUAUUUUAAACAACAUAUGCAAUGAUAUCACAUCAGAUGUUUUUUAUUACUAUCAAGAGUGGGAACGGUUGGAUACAUACUACAAGAGUUACUGGCCCAAUGCUGCUGCAGGGUUGAAGCGUACAUAUUUCAGUAGUCCAUGGAAUAUUAUUUCAGUAUUCGCUGCGAUCAUUUUGUUUGUUCUUACCCUUAUUCAGACCAUCUUUACAUUCAAGUGUUAG